UGACAGCUGUUUUCUUCUUUCUCUUCUUUCUGUAGCAUUCGAAAUCGGCUAUUAACAAUCUGUGCCGGUAAUGUCGACAAUAUCGUGAUUCGUUCGACAAUGGAGAAGGGGAGUGGAGAAAAACUCGAGACUGUGAAUCUCAAAAACAUUCCCGAGCUCAAUAAGCUCCAGCAAUUGAUUAACGCCGAUCCUUCUGGUGCCUGGGAAAAGAGGUGGGAGCUGGGAAUAACCCCAUGGGAUUUAGGACAACCAACACCUAUCGUUCUUCACCUUCAGCAACAUGGGUCUCUUCCCAAUGGUAGAGCUCUAAUACCUGGAUGUGGCACCGGAUAUGAUGUGGUGGCAAUGGCAUCUCUUGAACGUUAUGUCGUCGGAUUGGACAUAUCGGAAAAUGCCAUUAAGAAGGCAAAGGAGAUGUCAUUCUCAUCACCAAAUGCAAACUGUUUUGCCUUCUUAAAGGAAGACUUCUUCACUUGGUGCCCUAGUGAGUUAUUUGAUCUCAUUUUUGACUAUACGUUCUUCUGCGCCAUUGAACCGUCAAUGAGAUCAGCAUGGGCAAAGAGAAUGCACGAACUUCUAAAACUAGAUGGAGAGCUUAUAACAAUGAUAUUCCCAAUCACUGACCGUGUUGGUGGACCGCCUUAUUCAGUAUCAGUAGCUGCCUAUGAAGAGGUGUUAUGUCCCAUUGGCUUUAGGCCAGUGUCUAUUGUGGACAAUAAUCUUGCUACAGCUUCUCGCCAGGGAAUAGAAAAGCUGGGAAGGUGGAAGAAGCUCGUAGAUAAACCUUCCCUGUAACAGUGAUCAUCAAAACUUUAUGAGGAUUGGCUUUCUGAGCUGGAGACGAUGACUUCUAAUGCAUGAUUGGUUAAUGUGAACAAUGCUACUUUAUAAAAGUUCAUUUUUCAUAUUUCAUGUAUUGGUGUGUAUAGUUUCAAUCGAAAAGAAGAGCAAUAAAUAAACUAUUGUAAUUUACACAGUGGUUAAAAGUUUGGUUAUAAUUUCAUCUUUUUUUUGUUAUAA